AUGUUUUUCUGGAAAAUGUUUUUCUCAUUUCUAAUCGUAUUUUUGGUGAAUCCGUCGCUCUAUUUGUCGGCCGAAUGUCCGCCAAUCUCGGAGACGACGGUCCGGGAGUUGUGUUCUCUUUCUCCGGACAAAGGCUUCGGUUCCGACGAUUUGUUCCGCUAUUACUUCAAUCCCGUGACUCAACUGUGUCUUCCGUUUUCGUUUUCGGGAAACGGAGGAAAUGCCAACCGAUUCCUCUCAGUCAAGAACUGUUACGACAUUUGCCAUCCGUUCGAUCCGGACGUCAAGAAACCACGUGUCGUUUCUGCAAUCAGAGCUUAUUUGAUCCCAAAUGACCGCAAAUGCAGUCCAAAGACUCGCGAAUUGUCUUCGAAUCUGGUUUUCCGUCAAUUUCCGAAUCCUUUGAAUCCGAAAAAGACUUUAACUUUGAUUCAAUCGGAAAAACAGAAAACCGUUUAA